AUGCCCGAAAAGGUUCACACCAAGUUUGGUGGAUCUGACGAUGAAUCGGCUCAACCCCCUUCUGACACGUUGACACCAGCUUCAUUAGGCCAGGACGUGGGCCGCAAGAAGAAGCGCAGCAAGAAGAGGAAACACGACGAAGUUACCGAGGGAUCUCAGGUCCCGACAGACGAGGCAGCGACUCAAGUCACGAAAAAAGACAAACCCUCGCCUCCGGUGCCGGGAUCAGAGAAAAGGAUCUUAGAAGAUGAGGUUGUUCCUAUAACUGAGCCAAAACCCUCGCCGGCUGAGACGGGGCUUCCCCAAUCCAAGCCGAAGCACAAGUCGAAACCCCCGGCCGCAAAGAAGUCCCUCACCGACACGAAAACAAACUUCAAUUCGCUGCGCGAGAGAGCCAACGUUCUCUACGAGUCUCGCAAAAAACUGCCCAUUUUCAACCAUGCCGAUGAAAUCCGCCAGAAGCUUCGUGACCAGGAUGUCAUGCUCUUGGUCGGUGAGACCGGUUCCGGAAAGAGUACCCAGAUCCCGCAGUUCCUCGUCAACGAAUUCUGGUGCCGCCCAACACCUGCAAAGAUACCAAAGGAAGAUGGUUCACGCAAGGCCGUGACGGUGGGAGGGUGCAUUGCAAUUACUCAGCCUCGACGAGUUGCCGCCAUUUCACUGGCCCGGCGUGUGGCCGACGAAAUGGGAACACCGCUGGGAUCUUCCUCGCCGGCGAGCAAAGUCGGUUAUUCAGUGCGAUUUGAUACAUCUACAUCCCCGAGCACGCGGGUGAAGUUUUUGACCGAGGGAAUGCUGCUUCAGGAAAUGUUGCAUGAUCCCUGGUUGACCAAGUAUAGCGCCGUGGUGGUGGAUGAGGUGCACGAACGCGGUAUCAACGUUGAUCUGGUCGUGGGUUUCCUCCGGAACCUGGUCUCUGGCAAUCUACAUGGCCGUGGCGGGGUACCUCUCAAGGUGGUGGUCAUGAGUGCUACAGCUGAUAUGGAGAGUUUGAUGGGGUUCUUCCAGGAAGGGUUGAAGGAGCCACCGCAACCCCCGGCUCAACCAUCCAUCACCAAUGGCGAGCAGAAGAACAUGGAGCUUUCGAAAACCUCUUCUCGGACAAUCACCGCUUGUCAUAUUAAAGGUCGCCAAUUCCCCGUCAAGAUGGUCUACUCGCCUGAGCCUGUGCAUGACUUUGUCGAUGCCGCAUUGAAGAUCAUCUUCCAAAUUCACUACAAGGAACCUAUGCCCGGCGACAUCCUCGUGUUCCUCACUGGUCAAGAAACCGUAGAGAACCUUGAGAACUUGGUGAAUGAGUACGCGAUUGGCAUGGAUCCAUCCUUGCCGAAGAUCCAAGUCCUCCCGCUCUUUGCCGCGCUGCCACAAGCUGCCCAGCAACGCGUCUUUGCCCCCGCUCCGCCUCGAACUCGAAAGGUGGUCCUGGCCACCAACAUUGCCGAGACCUCCGUGACGGUCUCUGGAGUUCGGUAUGUCGUGGACUGUGGCAAGGCCAAGGUGAAGCAAUUCCGCACGCGACUUGGCUUGGACUCCCUGCUGGUGAAGCCCAUCUCCAAAUCCGCCGCCAUUCAGCGAAAAGGUCGUGCUGGUCGUGAAGCAGCCGGUCAAUGUUUCCGGCUCUACACAGAAAAGGACUAUUUGGCCUUGGACGAGACCAACACGCCGGAGAUUCUCCGCUGCGAUCUCACCCAGGCGCUCCUCAAUAUGAAGGCCCGCGGCGUAGAUGACAUUGUGCGCUUUCCCUUCUUGACCCGGCCCCCGCGAGAAGCCCUGGAGAAGGCUCUCCUUCAGCUGUUGAACAUUGAUGCGCUCCAGGAGGACGGCAGUAUCAGUGAGAUCGGUCUCCACCUGGCCAAAUUACCUCUGUCCCCCACGCUCGGCCGAGUUCUGUUGGCUGCGUCGGAACAUGGGCCUGACUGUCUGCUGGAUGUGAUCGAUAUCAUCUCCUGCCUCAGUGUUGAGAACAUUUUCCUCAACACGACCUCCGAGGAGAAAAAGGAGGCCGCCGAGACAGCGCGGCGAGAUCUCUAUCGCCGCGAGGGAGAUCAUCUCACAAUGCUCUCCACGGUCCGCGCAUACGCGGGUGAGAACGUGGACCGAAAAGUCUGGGCCGAGCGACACCUCGUGUCGCACCGAGCGAUGCAGUCUGUUAUGGACGUUCGCAAACAGCUUCGCGCUCACUGCCGCCAGGCGAAGAUGCUCCCCCGUGAAGAGCGCCACGACCACUCGCCGGACCCGUCGCCCGAACUGAUUCUGCAAAGUUUCCUGGCCGGCUUUGCAACCAACACGGCGCGCCUUGUGCCCGACGGCAGCUACCGCACCAUUGUCGGCAAUCAGACGGUGGCCAUCCACCCAUCCAGUGUCCUGUUUGGGAAGAAAGUGGAGGCCAUUCUCUACAAUGAAUUUGUGUUUACGAAUCGCAGUUAUGCCCGCGGAGUGAGUGCCGUGCAGAUGGAUUGGGUUGGAGAAGCUUUGGCGGGCAGGUGA